AUGGAGCGCCGGAAAACGAUAAAAAUGAACUGGGAUGGCCUCCCCGACGACGAUGACGACGAGCAUUUCUUCGAGUCCCACAACCGCCUCUCCACCGCCGUACCCAACCACUUGGUCGACGACGAGGAGUUAAACGAUUUCGAGCAAGGUCGUCUCUCCUUCGCCUCCACCAUGUCUUCCGUGCAGUCCAUCAAUCCCCGAAUGUCAAACUUCACCGCAAACUUCACCGGAAAACCCAACUACGACAUCUGGAUGGCCGCGCCGGGAUCCAUCACUGAACGUCGAAAAAAGCUGCUUGGCAGCAUGGGCCUCGACGAGAACAAGGAGCUCCUCAAAGCCACCAGCGCCGCUAUCGCUCGUGCCAUCACCAGAAAAUUCGAAAACAACCACACCAACGACACCGCAGCCAACAACAAUGCCAAAACCAACAAUAACAAUUAUGCCGUCAAAUCCACAGUUAGCGUCCAAAAACAGAAAACAACAAGACAAAAAACAACAAAACACAAAGCAACUCCCUCACAUUCUGUUUUCGUCCUCGUCCGGUCACGGUCCGAGAACGACAUUGACACCUUCUCCAUGGAGAAAUCGCGUAAAAACGAAUUCAUUGGACAGGUAUCGAAGCAGCGGUUGACCAGAACCGCUACAGAGGUUACUCGAAGCCGGCAUGCCGGCGCCGACAAGAGUCGACUCAUUAUGAAAGAGGCGGCCGGCGAUUCCAUUGCGUCGAAUCGUCAGGUUGUGACUCCGGCAGUUGGGAUGACCGGAGUGGGGGCGUUUUUCUUGAUAAAGAAUCUGGACACGGGGAAGGAGUUUAUCGUGAAGGAAUAUGGAGAAGACGGCACGUGGAACAGGUUAAGCGAUUUGCAAACGGGUAAACAGUUGACGAUGGAGGAGUUUGAGCGUACGGUGGGGCAUUCGGCUGUGGUGACGGAGGCCAUGCGCCGCGCGAACGUGCGCAGCGACAAGAAGCUGUCAUCGAACUCGUACAUUUCGAAGAGUUUGAGGUUGAGCAAGAGGCAUGGGGCGUCGUUGCUGAAAAACAUAAAAGGCGUUGCGAGCGGGAUCGUGGGGGAGCGCGAGACACCGGCUGCGGCGGUGGUGGAGGCGACGGCGAAGAACGAGUGGGUUCGCGUGCGACAGACAGGGAAGUCGCAGAAGGAGCUGUCGGCGCUUCACUUGUGCCAGGAGUUUCAGGCGCACGACGGAUGCGUUUGGACGCUAAAGUUCAGUUUGGAUGGGAGGUAUUUGGCGAGUGCCGGGGAGGACAAGAUGAUACACGUGUGGGAGGUGCAGGAGUGUGACGUUAUGUCCACGAAGCUCGAUGAGGGCAACUCGACCUCCAUGGACCGCACGGAGGCGCCGCCAUUGUCGGCGGACAAGAAGAAGAAAGGGAAGAAUGGGAGCAAGAGAGGGGGCCCUGUUCCCGAUUACGUUCAAGUUCCUGAAACCGUGUUUACGCUCUCUGACAGACCCUAUUGUUCUUUCACUGGCCAUUUGGAUGAGGUCUUGGACUUGUCCUGGUCCAAAUCUCAGUUACUUCUCUCAUCUUCCAUGGAUAAAACAGUGAGGUUGUGGGAUUUGGAAACUAAGGCGUGCUUGAAAUUCUUUGCCCAUAAUGACUAUGUAACCUGCGUGCAGUUCAACCCCGUGGACGAAGAUUAUUUCAUUAGUGGCUCUCUUGAUGCCAAGAUCAGAAUGUGGAACAUCUCUGCUCGUCUCGUCGUUGAUUGGACUGAUAUACAUGAAAUGGUUACUGCUGUUUCUUACACCCCUGAUGCCCAGGGUGUUUUAGUCGAUUACAAGUUAAGUCAAUCAGGCACAAUCGAGCUUCGAAACAAAAAGAAAAAUCUACUGAAAAAGGUUACGGGUUUCCAGUUUUCCCCCAAUAACGCAGCACAAGUGCUUAUUACUUCAGGCGAUUGCAGGACAAGAGUUGUGGAUAGUUCACAAGUUGUGCAAAAGUUCAUAGGUUUUCGAAAUGCAAGUAGCCAAAUUUCAGCUUCAUUUAGUGCAAAUGGUAGGUACAUCAUAUGUGCAAGUGAAGAUUCACAAGUGUAUGUGUGGAAGCAUGAAGAGAUUCGCUAUUCUGGAAAAGGCAGGAAUGUGAUUGUUAACCAAUCUCACGAACAUUUCCCAUGUAAAGAUGUUUCAGUAGCAAUACCUUGGGGCGGAAGGAGUGAUCAACCACCACAAUCGGCAGCGCAAAACCCCAAAAAGAACAUCCCAAAACGUCCCCAAGAUGACACUUCUUCCCAUGGUGCAAACAACAAGAAAAUGUUGCCACCUCUUCCAAAGAAAGGUAACCACCAAGCCACAGAAAGUGCCCCAGACUCCCCAGAUAAUGACCAUGCAGCGAUCUCACGCACAGAAUCUGGAGUUGGAUCCGCUCAGAAGAAAAGUAACAACCAAUCAAUGGAAGGUGACUACACUCCCAUAGAGGAAGAACUUGAAGCAAUUACUGGGAGAGACACAGGAUUAGGUGAUUCUUUUGCUUCAGGCUCUGCAUCAAGUAGGUUUGGUGGUGACCCAGCUUCUAUAUCUGCUGCACCAAGUUCAGCAAAUGCAUCUUCUUCUUCCAAUUACUCAGUAAGUGAUGGUUCCAAUGGUGCCUCAUCCAUGCAAAAUUCAGCAUGGGGAAUGGUAAUUGUGACAGCUGGGUUUGGAGGUGAAAUUAGGUGUUAUCAGAAUUUUGGGCUACCUCGGAGGAUGAGACAGACCACUCUCUUUAUGGGCCCUGCAUAA